AUGCCGUCGAUGAAGCUGAGCAGGGAAGAAGAGCGCGAUCUACAGCAACUCAUGCAUCAGGAGCAGCUCAGCCGUGAAGAUGCCCUUGAAGUGAUGGAGCACCUGCAGGAGCUGGUUGACGCGGCCGGCGAGGAGACGAAGGCGAAAGCCAAAGGCAAAGCAAAAGCAGCUGAGGCUGGAGGAGGAGAUGAGGCGGUGGCGCCGAAAGGCAAGACGAACGCCAAGGCUCAGAAAGCUGCUGAGGCCGGAGGAGAUGAGGCGGCGGCGCCGAAAGGCAAGAAGGCCAAAGCUCAGAAAGCUGCUGAGGAUGAAGGAGAUGAGGUGGUGAAGCCGAAAGGCAAGACGAAGGCCAAGGCUCAGAAAGCUGCUGAGGCCGGAGGAGAUGAGGUGGUGGCGCCGAAAGGCAAGAAGGCCAAAGCUCAGAAAGCUGCUGAGGAUGAAGGAGACGAGGUGGAGCCGAAAGGCAAGACGAGGGCCAAAGCUCAGAAAGCUGCUGAGGCCGAAGGAGAUGAGGCGGUGGCGCCGACAGGCAAGGCGAAGGCCAAAGCUCAGGAGGUGGAGCCGGCGCCGAAGAAGUCAAAGAAAGGUGAGAAAGCAUCUGGGUCUGCCCCCAGCCAGCCAAAGACAAAGGCAGCCCCUGAGAAGGGUGACGAGCUGCUUGAGGAGCUGUUCGGCGAGGACAAGGGGAAAGCGUUUGCGUCUUCAGCUAGCGAGGAUGAGUCUGCCACGCAGGAGGCUACAGCGGAGGUGAAGGCAGCUCCGGCAAAGGCCCUGGCGAAGGACUCGCCGGCUGCCCGCACGAAGGCUGUCCUAGAGAAGAACCAGGCAAACAAGCUUUCGCUGAAGCGGGGCAAGUCUAAGGUGUUUGCGCUGAGCGAGUUGCCGGCGAUUGAGGACAAGGUGGAUCCGGAUGAUUCUGCGGACACCCAGCAGAGUUUGUGGCCACCUGACAGUCCUGACAGUUCUUUGGAAAUAGUUCUGGGAUAG